UCGACCGGUUUUAAUCUUUAGUGAACUCGUAUUCGCUUCGUUUGUAGAUUGUACCAUUGCGAAGAUCAUCGGUCGUGUCUAUAUACAAAUUCGAAUUUUUCUAAUAAACAAACUCAUUCUACAGUAACGUUACUUAUCGAAAAAUCAUCAUGAAGCUUAUUAAAACAUUAGGUUGUACCGUAUUUUUAUGGAGCCUCGUAUUCAUUUCUACGAUAAACAGCGCUACUGUACAAAGACAAGCAAAAAAUUUGAACGUUACCAAUGUGUCGAUGAGAACCAAUGCGACCACAUAUGACGACGAUGCAGAAGAUUUUGUUCCUUAUCUGGGAGAACGUUUCAACGUUUUUGACUGGAUACUUUUUAGAACCAUGGGAAAAAUGUAUGAAGGAAAUAUAUUAGUAUCACCGAUAUCUAUAAAAUUGGCAUUAGUUUUGCUCUAUGAAGGAGCUCAGGAUCACACAGCGCAAGAAUUAGCUGGAGUCAUGCAAUUACCAAUCAGCCGACCGGCAAUUCGUGAAAAAUUUUCGGAAAUUCUCCAAUCGUUAAAGAUGAUGCGUCCUGAAUACGAGUUAAAUCUUGGUACUCGUCUUUACGUCGAUAAUUCUAUCAUGACAAGACAACGUUAUGCUGCAAUCAUCGAAACGUUUUAUGGGGUUAAUCUUAUAAAUGCUAAUUUGUCAGACACUCAUUCAUCUACCGAAGAUAUUAAUAGUUGGGUCAAAAAUGUGACGCAUGGAAAUCUUGAUAAAUUGAUUGAAGAUGAAACAUCUUUGAAAGACUCGGUGAUGUUGGUAGUCAACGCACUCUUUUUCAAGGGCAUUUGGAGACGUCAAUUCUUUAAAACUGAAAAUAUUCAUAUGGGGAAAUUUUAUAUAAGUGAAAACAAUGUCGUAGAAGUACCAUUUAUGACUUCGAGCAGUCGAUUCUAUUACUCGGAGUCUACGGAAUUGAACGCUAAGAUUUUACGACUACCGUAUGACGGUCACAAGUUCGCUUUGUAUUUGAUAUUACCAUUUAAUGUAAACGGAAUAGAUAGACUGCUUAAAGAAAUUAAUCCUUUUAUAUUAACGAAACAAGCAUGGCUUAUGCAAGACACGCCAGUUGAAGUUACUAUUCCUAAAUUUAAAUUCGACUUUACAAGCCAUUUGGAAACUGUUCUUCGUGAGGUAGGUAUUCGAGAUAUAUUCGAUGAUACGGCCACUCUAACAGGUAUAUCAAAGACAAAACGUGAAUCCAGGCGCCUCAUUGUUAAGGAUGUCCUGCAAAAAACUGGUAUUGAAGUGAAUGAAAAUGGAACAUCCGCUUACGCAGCCACUGCUGUACAAAUUGGAAAUAAAAUUGGCGAUCAAACCUUCCACGCGAAUCAUCCGUUCGUUUUUUAUAUCGAAGAUGAAACGACGGGUACUAUUCUUUACAUCGGAAAAGUCUCGAAUCCUUUGCAACGAGAAGGAAAUACUGAAAAUGCAAACGUGAAUGUUGGUUCACGUUUCAAUGAGAAAACACAAAAUACUGUACCUUCUACUUCCGAUGUGUCAUCAUCAAUACCUACUGGAGAGGAUCGAUACAAUUUUUUCAACAUCGAUUUGUUGCAAGCAAUAAUUAAAGAAAACGAUGGAAAUGUAAUAUUAUCACCUACAAAUAUCAAGUUAGCUUUAACAAUUCUUGCUGAAGGUGCAAAAGGAGAAACUCGUCAAGAAAUAUACAGUGCAUUGAGAUUAACUGAAAAUGUGUAUCAAAUCAGGGUUAUUUCUCAGCGUGCUGUUACCGCCUUGAAAAGUGUAAAAAAUGGUACAGAAAUAGAUGGAGCAACUCGAUUGUGGGCUAGAAACAGUUUACCAAUAACGCCAAGUUACAAUGUUGUUCUAAGACAAUUUUAUGAUGCAGACAUUCAAUUUCUUGACUUUAGUAACAGAGAUACUGCGGAACAAAUAAUUAAUGACUGGGUACGCACAGCAACACAUAACAACAUUCAAUCAAUUUCAGAUCCUGGCAGUAUUAGUGCAGAUACAACUUUAAUUUUGACCUCAGCAUUAUAUUUCAAAGGACGGUGGCAGUUAUCGUUUAAUAAAAAAGCAGGAUUCAAUGAUUGUUUUUAUGUUCCUAAAAUUGGUUGUCAAAAUACUGACUUUAUAGCUAAUACAGCUGAAUAUCGUUUUGGAAAUAUUGAAUCCUUGAAUGCAGAUGUAGUAGAGAUACCAUAUACUGAUGGAAAGACUGUUAUGUUAAUUAUACUUCCUAAUAAUAAGGAAAUUGAUCCAAAUCUUACAAUUUUGUCAAAGGACUUGUCUUAUGUAUCUAUUUCUGCAUUAUUGGCAAAUAUUUAUUUAACAGAAGUUAAUCUGAUAAUUCCCAAGUUUUCUAUAGAAAAUAAACUUGAUCUUAAAUCUGUACUGAAAUCUCUGGGAAUUCGUAGCAUAUUUAAUAGGAGCGCAGAUUUCUCCGAUAUUGUAAAAGACAGUCGUAUAUAUGUUAAAAAUAUUAUACAAAAUGCUAAAAUAGAAGUUAAUGAAGAAGGAACUGUUGCAUCUGCAAUAACAGAAUUAUCAAUUGUGCCACUAAUGGGAUCAAAUAAGGAAAUAUUCAGAGCCAAUCAUCCAUUCCUUUUUGCUAUAGUAGACUUGCAAACAAAUGCAACUCUUUUUGCUGGUCGUUACAUGCAUCCUAAUUUAAGUAAUUAAAGUACUAUUCAAUAAAGAAUAAUGUACUUUCAAAUAUAUGUUUACAUAAAUACUUUUCUUUUUUAUUAAAGACUUACAUUUCAUGUUUA